AAGCAUCACAGAUCCAAUCUUUCUGCUGAGUAUCGACUAUUUAUAGAGAAUACUGAACAUGGCAACACUAUUGUGUAAAAAUGGUGAAACAAGUAGCUAUAGUUGGGGCUGGCAUAAGUGGUCUAUUAGCUUGCAAGUACACUCUGUCUAAAGGCUUCCAUCCUAUUGUAUUCGAAGCACGAAGCAGCAUUGGUGGAGUUUGGAUCAAUACACUCGAAACCACCAAGCUCCAGACUCCUAAAUCGUAUUAUCAGUUCACAGAUUUCCCCUGGCCAUCUUCUGUCGUCGAGGACUUUCCGAAUCAACAGCAAGUUCAUGACUACGUUUCUUCCUAUGCUACGCAGUUUGGGUUGCUAGAGUAUAUCAAAUUCAGCUCCAAGGUUAAGAGCCUCGACUACGAGGGCCCGUCCGAUGAAGAGAUGCAAGCUUGGUCCUUGUGGGGUGGUACUGGUGAGCCUUUUAGCUCUAAGGGCAAGUGGAAUCUCUCAGUGCAGGAUACUCAGACCCUUUCAACCAAGGUUCAUCAAGUAGACUUUGUGAUAUUGUGUGUUGGAAGGUUUAGUGAUGUGCCAAACAUACCUAAAUUUCCUCAUGAUAUGGGACCGGAACAAUUUCAUGGUAAAGUCAUACACUCUAUGGACUAUGCUGAAAUGGAUAACGAAAGUGCAGCUCAAUUUGUCAAGGGGAAAGAAGUCACUGUUGUUGGGCUUCAGAAAUUCGCACUGGACAUUGCCAUGGAGUGCUCAUCAGCAAAUGGAUCAGCUCAUCCAUGCACAGUGGUAUAUAGAACAGAACACUGGAACGUUCCCGACUACCUUCCAUGGGGAGUUCCCCUAGCAUAUCUAUACUUUAAUCGCUUCUCGGAGCUUUUGGUUCAUAAACCUGGUGAAGGGUUUAUACUGGCUCUUCUUGCAUACAUACUUUCACCAAUGAGAUGGGGAAUCUCAAAAUUUGUGGAAAGCUAUAUAAAAUGGAAGCUCAAGCUGGGGAAGUUUGGCAUGGUUCCAAAACAUAGUUUCUUAACUGAAAUGAACUCUUGCUUGAUCUCGACUGUUCCUGAGGACUUCUACAAAAGAGUGGAAGGAGGAAGCAUAAAUUUGAAAAAAGCUCAGAGUUUCUGUUUUGAAAAGGAAGGAGUUUUGUUAGAUAAUGAUAAAGCUGAAGUAGUGAAGGCAGAUUUGGUCAUACUGGCUACUGGAUUCAGAGGUGUUGAUAAGCUCAAAGAUAUCUUCCUAUCACCAACACUCCAAACUCACAUUAGUGGCAGACCCGAAAAUGCAGUUCCACUCUAUAGGGAAUGUAUUCAGCCACGAGUUCCGCAACUAGCAAUCAUUGGAUUCUCCGAGAGCAUUUCAAAUCUAUACACGUCGGAGUUGAGGUGUCAGUGGCUAGUAGAGCUUCUAGAUGGGAGGUUCAAGCUUCCAAACAUCUCAGAAAUGGAGAAAGACAUUGCAAAAUGGGAUGAAUACCUGAAGGAAUACUCUGGAAACAAAUACUACAGGAGGUCAUGCAUCGGCGCCUUACACAUAUGGUACAAUGAUCAAUUGUGCAAGGACAUGGGCAGGAAUCCCAAGAGAAAAGAUGGGGUCAUUGCUGAACUAUUCCAGCCAUAUGGCCCUAUGGAUUAUGCCUGUCUGUGCUAAAUUAUUGAAGCUCAUGUUAAGGACUUGUGACUCAUGGCUCGUAUUUUGGAACCAAAACAUGUUAGAUGUUUUCUUUAUAUUUUCAUAUGAAUAAUGAAUAUGACAUGGUGAUUGAAUA